AUGGCCUUAAACGCAUUCCCCGUCGUGAACUCGGCAGUCAAUACUCGCUUGCCCCAAUGCCAGGCGAAUCUCGAAGCGUGGAGGCCUAUGCUUGAGAAAUUCCAGGAUGCACUCAAGACCAGCGCCGUUGAAGGAAAUCAGAAAUCGCUGUCGAAGCAUAUAUCUCGCGGACAAGUGCUGGCACGAGACAGAGUUGCGCUCCUGUUAGAUUCAGACUCGCCGUUUCUCGAAUUAUGCGGACUCGCGGGGCUCAAUCUACCUGAGUCGUCUCCAUCGGCCAGUAUCGUGGCUGGGAUUGGGAGCAUCUGUGGUCGGAUAUGCCUUGUAUUAUCACACAUUCCCACGCAAAGCGGAGGAGCCUGGAAUGAAAUCACGGUCCUCAAGCAGAACCGCGUCACGGCAAUAGCAACAGAAAACCACCUGCCCAUCGUGGCCUUGGUGCAGUCGGUGCGUCCCGCAUCUACAUAUUGUUCAGUCAGUGUCAGUCCUAUUAAUGGCCCACCAAAGGCAGGCGUAUUUCUCCCCCAGCAGUUCCGUGUCUUCCACGCAGGCGGCCAGAUCUUCCGCGAUCUCGCCGUCCGCACAAGCGAGGGACAGCAUUCAUGCGCCAUUGUCUUCGGGUCAUCCACUGCAGGAGGCGCCUAUCACCCAGCUCUAUCGGACUACACGAUUUUUGUCGAGGGACAGGCGCAGGUCUUCCUCGGCGGACCGCCGCUGGUCAAGAUGGCGACGGGGGAGGUGAUCGGGGCUGAAGAGCUGGGUGGUGCGCGCACGCAUGCUAGUGUCACCGGCUUGGCGGAUCAGCUUGCUACCGAUGAGUUUGAUGCCCUCCGCAAAGCGCGUGAGUGGGUUGCGUCUCUGCCGUAUCCACGCCCACCACUGCAGGAAUUCGGUCUGCCGCUACCACCGCGGUAUUCGGCGGAGGACCUGCUGGCGCUCGUGGAUCCGGAUAUUCGAAAGCCGCUGGACAUGAAAGAGGCGUUGCUGCGUAUCGUUGAUGAUUCGCGGAUGUCGCUUUUCAAGCCGAACUACGGUCCGAAUCUUCUUACUGUCUGGGCGCAGAUCAUGGGACGCACCGUCGGCAUCGUCGCAAACCAAGUCCCCGUAAUCAACCCUGAUGAAGCCUCGAAAGGCGCCCAGUUCGUACGAAUGUGCAACCAGCAAAACCUACCCAUAAUCUUCCUCCACAACGUCACCGGCUUCAUGGUCGGCUCCAAAGCCGAACACGCUGCAAUCAUCAAAAAAGGCGCCCAGAUGGUGUCCGCCGUGAGCUGCUCCAGAGUCCCACACAUCUCCAUAAUCAUCGGCGCAUCCUACGGCGCCGGCAACUACGCCAUGUGUGGACGGGCGUAUCGGCCGCGUUUCCUCUUCUCCUGGCCCACGGGACGAUGCAGCGUCAUGGGGCCCGAUCAGCUUGCGGGUGUUAUGGGGUCGAUUCGGGAGACGAGCGCUAGGGCUCGGGGGGUCACGUUAUGGGAGGAUGAGGUUACGGCCAGUGUGCAGAGGUUUCGGGAGGAGGUGCAGAGGGACAGCGAGUGCUACCGGACAAGCGCGGCGGUGCUGGAUGAUGGGGUCAUUGAUCCUAGGGAUACGAGGGAGGUGCUGGGGAUGUGUCUUGAGGUUGUUUGUGUGCCGGGGGUGGAUGGGGAUGGGCAGCGGGCUUUGGCGAGGAUAUAG